AAAAAAAAAACUCUGGUUGUUAGUUGCAUUUGUGGACCCACAAAAAAGUGUGAGUGUAAUAAUUUGACAGCAGAAUUUAACUUUUGGAAACCAGUUCAUCUCAAUACGUGUGACAGAGUUUUGUUAAGUUUAUAAAUUAGUAUUUGACGCAUAUUUUCGAUGAACUAUCUCGGAUGUAAUUUUUGUUUAUUUUGAAGUGAUGCAGAGGCUCGCUGUAUGAGGAGAAAUUUCCGACCGUCAUUAAAGGCCUCAUCCAAUCAGCGUCACCUGCGUCUGUAGAACUAACGGCCACCAGGGUCGAACAAUUAUGCUAACUUUUUAAAAGCUGACUCGGCGAUGUGGCUGUUUGGGUGUUUUGCGUUUUAAAAGUGGGCUUAAGCUCCAAAAAAUUAGUUUUUCGUGGGUUUAAAGACCUAGAAGGGGAAAAAGUUUGGAAAUAAAUAGCUUUUUAGUUAACGGCUAACAUUCAGAAAGUGUGGUCGGUCGUGAAUUUAGGAAAGUGGUAGUUUUAAACCCAACUCAAUUUGAAAAUAUUAAAACACAAUGAAAGAGACGGUGAACCACCAGCAGGCCCGCCUGCUCCUCCAUAACAAGUUCGUCGUGGUGUUGGGAGACUCCAUUCAGCGCUCUGUAUACAAGGACCUUGUCGUACUGCUACAAAAGGACCGAUACCUCACCUUAAGACAACUAAAGAGCAAGGGUGAGAUGAGCUUCGAGCUGGACUGCUUGGUGGAAGGAGGCUGUCUGGACCGAAUGAACAAUGGGACUGCGUACACAGAGGUCCGUCAGUAUCAGUCUGACCACCACCUGAUCCGCUUCUACUUCGUGACUCGCAUCUUCUCCAGAUACAUGCAGAGCAUCAUCGAGGACUUCCGUCAGGGCUUGAAACCAGACGUGGUCAUUGUGAACUCUUGCGUUUGGGAUAUUUCAAGAUACAAUCCCAAAUGGGUGGAUGACUACAAGGCAAACCUUAAGCGGUUCUUUGGUGAGCUGAAGAGUUUCUUACCAGAGGAAACCUUGGUUGUCUGGAAUCUCACCAUGCCCUUAGGAGAACGGAUCAAAGGUGGCUUUCUGGUGCCUGAAAUUGCGCACAAAGCUCCUCAGCUGCGUUACGACGUGAUUGAAGCCAACUUCUAUGGUGGGACUCUGGCCGACAACUAUGAGAUGGAUGUGUUGGACCUUCACUUUCAGUUCCGCUUCUCAUUACAACAUCGAACCAAAGACGGCGUCCACUGGAACGCCAUUGCCCACCGCAGGAUCACCGCUCUUCUAUUACGGCACAUUGCACAAGCCUGGGGUGUGAUGCUGACUGCUGAUGAAGUUCCUGAUCAGAAGUCAAUCUAUGACUGUUCUACAAAAUUUGCAGGUAAGACAUGAUGGUGAUUCCUGUGGUUUAUUCAGAU